UCAAAAUGAAGAAGUACUCCGAAAGACUACGAAUGGGCAAAUAAGAGAUGGAAUCUCCAUCUGUUAAUUUUCGGUCUUCUAUUCAUUCUGUCAUAAAUAACCUACCACAAGGCCAUGAUAAGGCAUUUAAACAAGCCAUUUAUACAACAGCAGCUAACAUUUUUGUUCUUUUAGCAGGUGCUGCAGCUAUUGCAGUAUACUUCAUCCUUGAACCGUUUCUUGGACCAUUAUUAUGGUCGGUGCUAUGUGGUACAUUUCUGUACCCCUUCAAGCGCUCCUUGACGAAUUCUUUGAGAAAAUGGUUGUCAGGGCUUCGAAAUUCUGGCACACCUAUUGUUGUUGGAAUUGUGACUUUACCUUUCAGCUCAGCAAAUCAGGCGUAUGAAUCCGUGUACUCGAAGAUUGUUGACCAUCUGAAGGUGUUGGGAGGAGGACUGUUGGCUGUUUUCUCUGCCUACUUAUUAUGGCACUUUGGUCCAGUAUAUACUAUUUUUGGUGCUUUACAGUCCAUUGUGUAUUUUGUUUAUGAUGCACUGGGAUAUUUUACAUCCUUUUGGGUGUGGACUAUUGUAGUGGCAUACUUGCUUGCUGUAGGAUUUCUGUGGUCUCCAGAAUCCAAACGUUACUUGCGUUACCUGUCUAUGCCAGUGUGGUUUGUUUUAAUUCUUCAUACAGCAACAGUUGCUGGAUCUUUGAGAGUUCCUCUAUUUAUUCUUCUGUUGAUACUCAUUAUUGUAGGUUUUGUGGCAGAAGUAAGAGAAGUCAGGAAACCAAGAAAAGUAGAGGGAAAACUUGUGACUCCAUCACCAGUAGAAACAGCUUGGAUUGUAAUUACUGGUGACUAUGACAGUUUGAAUACAGAGAAACAAUCAGAAGAAUUAGCUACCACUUCAGAACAAAAUGUAGCUGGUGGAGAUAGUCAAAAGAAAGAAAAUAAAACAGAAACAGAACUAAAGAAACCAAGUAGUCUACCAGUAAAAUCAAUUAGCACUGCCCCGCCACAACCAAAGUAUGAAAAACAGAUAACAUCGAAACUAAACAUGUUUUUGAAAAAAGAUUUAAAAGAAACAUCAGAACCUGAAGCAACCAAACCACAGACAUCUGAAACAACAACCAAACCAGCACCACCUUCCAAGGAACCAAACAAACCUAAACCUACUGUUUCUGUGGAGCCAACAGGUUCUGAUAGUGACAAAUUCUUUCUGAUAUUAUUUUGGAUGUUAAUCUUGACGAGACUAUGGAUGAACAUGUGGAUAUUACAGUUACUUUUACCCAUUGGCUUCAUUAUGUGGUUGUUCAAAUUUUUAGGAUACCAUUUAAGUAGUGAAGGUAUCUUGGGAGAUAAGGUGAAACCAUUGAAAGGUAAAGCAGAGGAAUGGUUGAUGAAGAGGAAGGAUGCUUUGGCACCUAGAUGGAUUUGUGGACUCUUCCUUUUGAUGAAGAGGGGAGAUGCUAAGAUUAUAAGAAUUUUGGAACUAUCAUUGGAUAAAGCUACUAGUAUCCUGUUUAUACUGUUACUGUUAGUGGGAACCAUUCUAGUCACUGUGUUCUGUGCAGCACAGGUUCAACAAGAAAGUAUGCACCUGGCACAAAUGACAAGUAAUUUAUUCAACAACACCCUUCAUCCUGAAAUCACAAGUUGGUUGCCAGAUGGAGAAGAAAUGCAAAAAGCUAUGGACUCGAUGGUAGGGAAUGCUUAUCUGUAUGGAAGGAACUGGAUAGCAUCUAAGGUUCGUGACCUUGUAGAUGGUGAAAAAGCCACAAGUAAUAAUACACAGCUAGAAAACCAAGUGUUAGAAGUAUGGGACAACUUAUAUGAGAACUGGCUGGCCAGGAUUUCCUAUACAAGACUUUGGUUAUGGCGAGGGAAUGCCAGUACCGGUAGUAACACACAGGAAAUUACCACUGGGUUCCAGGUUAUUCCAGCAGACUUCAUGAAUCUACAGUCACUAUGGGAACUUGUUACUAAUGGUGACCGUUUCAAUCUUGGACAAAUUAUUCCUUUUGUAAAGGAAAAUAUUGGUACUUUUAUGUCGGUAUUGGAAUCAAUAUGGUUAGUCCUGAAAGGUAACAUGAACCUGGUAUUUAACCUUCUAACAGCUACUUUGUCACUGGUCUUUGGAGGAGGAACUGCAAUACUCAAUUUCGUACUGUCGUCUGCCAUUUUCUUGACAACCCUUUUCUACCUGCUGGCAUCAAGUGGAGAUCAGUAUAAACCAGUAGAAUGGUUCUCUAGUAUCAGUGUAACACACCAAGGAAACAGUUUUGGACAAGCUGUACAAGAAGCAGUAGGUGGUGUGUUCAUGGCUUCAUUAAAAAUGGCAGUGUUCUAUGGUCUGUACACAUGGUUAACACAUUCAGUCUUUGGUGUGAAUAUUGUCUUCAUACCAUCAGCUCUGGCAGCAGUAUUUGCAGCUGUGCCUUUUCUUGGAACAUAUUGGGCUGCAAUUCCAGCUGUCCUUGAACUGUGGCUAGUAAAAGGUCAAGGAGUAUUAUCUAUAUUCCUGUUUGUACUUCAUAUGUUACCAACCUAUGUAGUAGAUACUACAAUACUCAGUGAAAUUAAAGGUGGUCAUCCAUACAUAACUGGUCUUGCCAUUGCUGGUGGUAUAUUUUGGUUGGGACUGGAAGGUGCUAUUAUCGGUCCUAUACUUCUGUGUUGCCUUAUUGUAGCUAUUAAUGUAUACAGCAACAUGUUACAGCCUGACACCCCUACAGCUGGCUAUAACACACAAGAACCAAGAGUACACAGAGUAAGCCUUCCAUCAUCAUUGUUUCAGAGGUCCGUUAGCAGUACAGAUGUGAUGAGAAGGUGAUACAGUGCAAUACUAUACUCAAGUUAGCCAUAUUGGAGAGUUUACAAGGCUGCAUGAUCUCAGUUAUUGAAUGUUUUGCUUGUUUAUGGCAUGAAAUGCUAUUUGUAUUGUCUUAUUAGUUGAUAUUGUAUGUGUCUUGCUUCAGAUUGUAUGAAAUAAUACAACAAUGAAUAAUCUAUGCAGUUUAUGAUGUGAUAACUAUAUACCAGUAGUUAGUUAAAUAUUAUGUGUAGUCAUGUUUUAUGUAUAAUGAUAUUAAAUAGGAGACUUCUUUGAUGAAAGGGCAAGUUGAGUAAUUAGAUAUAUUCAACUUUACAGAUUAUUUUUACUGGGACAUGUUUAUUUGUACAAAACCCUAUCAGUCGAAUAUCUUAUAUUACAUUAUUUGGUAUAAGUAAAUAUUAACUAUA